AUGUGCCCUGCAUCCACUCUCUAUGUGUUUCUCUUUCUCUCUCUUCCUUCUUCUUUUACUUUUUCACACUCCCUGUGUAGACCUGUGAACUCAACUGACGAUAACAACAGGAAGAGUGACGCUAAUGAGAACGAGGAUGAUAGACCUGUGUUAACUAAUCCCACUGCUGCUGGUGGUUGUUGUUGUCUGUGUAUGAAGUUAUUGCAAGAUAUGCAUAACGCCCCGUCUUGUUCUUCUUCUUCUAUUCUAAUAUCUACUGUUGUGGAGCCACAUAACUUGCGUGUAGUGGAGGAUUACACUCCUCUCUCUUUUUGGGUGGUUUCAUGA